GCAGCGCGAGCACGGUCCGUCCAUCCCAUCCUACCGCAGAGCGCACACACUCGCUCACACGCACGUACUCACGCACACGAACACGUUGGGAGUCAGUCAUACGGUGUGCGUUGCGUGCAGGGCAGCUCGGCUCGCUGCUCGCAGCUGGGAUAGGGACGAGGAGAAAGCAGAGCAGAGGAAGAGGAGAGGGGAAAAAGGAGUACAUUUGACUCGGAAGAUGUUGGACUGGGAUAUUUUGUACGGCGGCGGCGGAGCAGAAACACGGUACACAAUGAGCCCUGUUGGAUUACAGUGAUUCUACUGCUCUCUCCGCGGUGUGUGGAGUUGACAACGGGAUUAAUAUUCUAUACCCCGGGAAGAAGGAAUAAGCGUCUGUCUUCAGUGGUUUUAGUUCCAGAGGAGGGGGGACCGGCUGUGGUUUUAGUUCCAGAGGAGGGGGGACCGGCUGUGGUUUUAGUUCCAGAGGAGGGGGGACCGGCUGGGCUGUUGUAAUGUCACCUUAUCACCCCGCUGUUCUGGAGCUGUGUGAAAGGGAGAGGCUGAGAUGAAGUGUCUCAAUAUGUCAGUGGGCAGGGGGCUGAUCCUGGUCUUCCCAGCUCUCCUGUGUUCCCUGGUCAGCUUGACCCUGGUGACCCUGGUCAGGGAGGUCGAAGGUCAGAAGGUCCCCGUCCUCAACAUCGCUGUGAUCCUGGGCCGCACGCGCUACAUCUCCGACCGGGACAUUCGGGCUCUCUGGAGCAAAGAGGACCCCAUGGACGUCAACGUGGUCACCCUAUUGGUCAACGAGACCGACCCCAAGAGCAUCAUCACCCACGUGUGCGACCUGAUGUCUGGGACCAAGAUCCACGGGGUGGUGUUCGGUGACGGGACGGACCAGGAGGCCAUCGCUCAGAUAUUGGAUUUUAUUUCCUCCCAGACACUGAUCCCCAUCCUGGGCAUCCACGGGGGCUCCUCCAUGAUCAUGGCUGAUAAGGACGACAAGUCGACGUUCUUCCAGUUUGGAGCCUCCAUCCAGCAGGAGGCGCUGUUGAUGUUAAGCAUCAUGGAGGAGUACGAUUGGCACAUCUUCUCUAUAGUCACUUCCAAGUUCCCCGGAUACCAGGAGUUUAUCAACAUCCUCAAGAGCACCGUGGACAACAGUUUUGUGGGCUGGGACCUGCAGCACAUCAUAACGUUGGACGCGGUGGAGGAGGACAGUAAGAGCCAGAUCAUGUUGAAGAAGGUCCAGUCUCCGGUGGUUCUGCUGUACUGCUCCAAAGCCGAGGGGGUCUUUAUCCUGGAGGAGGCUCGCUCCCUGGGCCUCACCGGGUUCGGAUACAUCUGGAUCGUUUCCAGCCUGACCUCCGGUACCACCGAAACGGUACCCGAGGAGUUCCCCUCUGGCAUGGUGUCUGUCUCCUCCGAGGACUGGGACUACCCUCUGGAGGCGCGGGUGAGGGACGGGCUGGGCAUCAUAACGUCUGCAGCCGCUGCCAUGCUGGAGGAGUAUGGAGAAAUCCCCGAAGCUAGGACCUCCUGUUACGGGACACAGCCGGAAAAGCCUUCCAAGGUUCCUCCCCUCGCGCUGCACAAGUAUAUGAAGAAUGUAACAUGGGAAGGUAGAGACUUGUCGUUUACAGCAGAUGGUUACCAGGAGAACCCCAAGCUGGUUGUCAUCGUUCUCAAUAAGGACAGAGAAUGGGAGAAG